AUGUCUGAUACUGAGAUGGCGAACACCGCCCCUGCGGCUACUUCCAAGCCCGAGAGACUUCCCAUCACCGUCUCAAAGCCGACUCCCUACACAUUCGACCUGGGCCACCUGCUCGUCAACGACCCCAAUCCCCUCGAGCUCCCCGCCGGCGAGAACCUGAACGACUCCCUGAAGGCCACAGCCCGCGACGGCGUGCAGGUCCUGCUCAACCAGCUCCUGACAACCUGCGAGAUCAAGACCUCCGUCUCGGAAGGCGUGCUUCUGACCCUACCCGCACCCAACAUCCUCCUCCCGCGCCACAAGCCCCUGCCAACCCCCAAGGCGCCCACGAAAUGGGAGCUGUUCGCACGCAAGAAGGGCAUCGGGAAGUACAACCAGAAGCCCGGCGCCGCCGGCAUGGACAAGGAGCGCCGCAAGAAGAUGCAAUACGACGAGGCUACUGGCGAGUGGGUGCCGCGCUGGGGAUAUAAGGGCAAGAACAAGGACGACGAGAACCAGUGGCUUGUUGAGGUCGAUGAGAAGAAGUGGAAGAAGGAGGAGGAGGCUAAUUCUCGUGGAAGCUCUAUUCGUGGUAUGUCGCAUGCUGAGCGCAAGGAACGCAUUAAGCGUAAUGAGCGUAAGCAGCGCUCGAAUGAGAAGAGGUCGAACCCUGCCCGUGCUAAGUGA